CCACCCGAGAGCGUCUGGACUCUGCGCCAUCUGAAUUCGGAGAAAGGAUGAGUAUCGCGCUUGCUACCCUUCAACCGGCUCGUAAAUCUCUUUUCACUCACUUGCAGGUCUUGAGAAAAGGUCGAGCUUUUUUCACUUGGCCAUCUGGGCACACGAACGAUGAUAAUACAAGUGCCGAGGAUGGACACAGCAAGAGAGGCGAUUUGUUGAUAUAUAAGGAAACCAAACGCAUGCCAUAUUCGAAACAACAACUCUACAAAGUCAUAGCUGAUGUCGAAGCUUACCCUCAUUUCGUUCCUUACUGCGUGGCAUCGAACUUGCUGUCUCACCGCCCUUUAAAAGCGAAUGGCGAAUUAUCGAAGCAAGAAAUAAGUAGACUCAAGCCAUGGGUCCAGGGAGGCUACGCUGGUGAGACUCACAUGCUAGAGUCUGAAUUGGUAGUGGGCUUCAAGACCUUUGAGGAACGCUACACCAGUCAUGUAGAGUGCCGUAAAUGGGAGAUGGUCAAGGCAAGCGCCAGUCACUCAUCCCUCUUCAAGUGCUUGGAAUCAACCUGGACAUUUCAAACCCCAAAGGACACUCCAUCCCACCAGGCCUCGACUUCAAACAGUAGCGACGUUUCACUUCAUCUUGCUUUUGCUUUUGCUAGCCCAUUACACGCAGCCAUUGGUGAAGUAUUCUGGAAAAAGAUCAGUGAAAAGAUGGUACUUGCGUUCGAAAAUCGACUUGAACAAGUAUAUCGACAAUCACCCUCCACGUCCCAUCGUUAACCCCAAAGGAAGAAUAUGACUAAGAACCGAUAGGGAUGGAAUUUCUGACAUUAGAAUAAGUUGCUCAGUAUCUGAUGGAUCUGGCACCUAGAGAUCGCACUUCGCAAGAGUCAAAACGCGAAGAUGGAAUCAUAUCAGGAUUGUACGCGUCACAAUACUAUACGGUUCACCUCGCUCUCAUCCGUCAUUUGACACUAUCAUGGAGAGUUGCGUCAACUUCAAGGGGCUUUGUACAUAGGACAAGGCAGCAACAUCGCAGUAUGAUGUUGCAUUACGGCGGGGCAUGAAGAACCGCAAAGUAUCGGACGUUGAUGAAUGGAUUGCUGAUCUCAAAAUUGAAAGGUUUUUAUUGGUCUAUCCAGAUGCGAUGCUGCUUACAUAUAUCUUUUCGCAUAACUUUCUUAUCUCAUCGAACAUCAAGUCAAAAAACCUUUGUUCAACACUAGCUCCUUGCUUCUCAGAAUUUCAUUGCCUCCGCAGCAACAUUUGAAGUGAUGUAUUCAUUCAUCCAAUUUCAACCGACUAAACUUGCACAUUGUUUGACCGUGAAUGACAGUGGAUUAUAUAUCAUAAAGCUGCCAACAUUUGUGUCCAGGCCCAUUGUCUUUACAUGGGUAUCUGGUGGCAGUUUUGUGCUCUGCUGUUUUUAAAUUCAUAUGGUGCAUUGAUUUUCUCAAGUCCAAUAGCACACUGUUUGUAUAAAAUAGGGUAAUGGAGACAAGUGUUUCAUUUCAA